UCGUAAUGUUAAUUUCAUACGUCGGUUAGAUUUUAUAUCAGUUUAAAGAACAUAAAAAUUAAUUUUUUUGAAAAGACAAAGAAAAAAUUACAAUACGGAUAUAACUUAAAUAAUUUGUGACUUAAGCUUGAAAAUAUUGUAAGUUUGUUCUAAAAUUUUAAUUAUUUCACAACUACAGUUAAAUUUACUUUAAAAUGAAUUCGACAAUUCAAAAGCUAAUCAUGGAGCAGUUUGAAUCUUUUGAAUAUGACCAAAGAAUCAAACAUGCUUGGGAAGUCGCAAGAAUGAAAUCUUUGGAAAAUUGGAAUAUGAACAAACCAAGUGCUAAAGAAAUGGCCGAAGCAGGAUUUUAUUGUCCUCAAUCUGAUGUUCCUGGUACAGUUAGAUGUUUUUCUUGUUUUAUAGAGUUGGAUGGUUGGGAACCAACUGAUAAACCUUGGGAAGAACACUUAAAAAGAGCUCUAACAUUGGAUCCUCCAUGUAAGUUUAUUGAAUUAGGAAAAAAAGAAGCUGAUCUUCUUGUAAAAGAUUUUUUAGAAAUUCUUAAAAGUGUUAUGUUACGAAUUGUAAAAGAAGAUAGUGAAAAAAGUCUUAAUUCUGCAUUAGCUCUUCAAAAAAAGAAAAAAACAGCACUUAAAAAAGAGCUCCAAAAAUUGGGAAUUUCUUAGGUAAUUUAAAAGUCUAAAUAAAGUAAAUCUUAAUAAAAUUUAUGUAAUUAAAACUUUUGACAUGUAGUUAAUAUCUUAUUUAAUUUAUAAUUACUUAACAAAAAAAUUUGUAUAAUUUUACUUUAUAAAAUUACAUAGUUAUCUUGAGAAUAACUAAAACUAAAAUUAUAUGUGUACUUUAUUUAUUAAGACUUAGAACUUAUUAACUUAUUAGUUUAUUUUCUUUAACAUAAGUAAACAUUGUUCUUUCAUUUAUUAUUGUUUUUAAGUUAUACCUUCUAAUAUGCACUUAGUAAUUAAAUCUAUUAAUGUAGUACUUAUAUGAAAUAUGCCUUGUAAAAUAAAUAUUCAGUAAUAUUUUAAUAACUUAUA